AUGAGUCCGGCAUGUGCGGAGAAGGACUGCUCGCUGGUAGAGCUCUUGACAAACCAGGAGCAGCCUCCCGCGUUCUACCUGGUGCACUACUGGGGAGAUCUCGUCCUGAAUGCUUUGGAGGCCAUCAAAGUGCACACACAAAGCAGAAACAUGGACCAGAACACGCCGUACUGGCUCGCGUGUUGCGCCAACCGCCCGCACUCGCUGCAGGACGCCUUCUGCCCGGAUUUGAAGGCCACCUGCUUUUACAAGGCAAUGAGUGCCGCAAAGUUCCAGGUGGUGCUUAUGGUGGAUCCAAAAACCGAUUCCAACGUGCUCGCCACGUGCCUGUCGAGACUCUGGUGCAUGUACGAGCUCUGCAUGUGCUUGGACCAUCCCGGCACGCAAUUUGAUGUAGUCCAGACCAAGCUGGAGAUCAAAUCGCCCGUCAAGAAAGCCUCGAUGGUAACACAGUUCCUGACUCCGGAGGAGAAAGACGCAGAACUGCGCACAACAGGCUCCGGCUACAAGGCGAAGAAUGACCGCGAGAAGUCAUUCAGCUUGCAGAUCAUGGAGAUGGCACUAGGCGUCUCUGUGGAGCGCGCUCAGAUCACCAAUCUUCAGGAAAAGCAGCAGAUAUUGAACAUCUUCGCACACCGAGACCUGAACGAGCAGGCUGCGGAAAAGCAGGGGUCCCUAGACGAGGUUUUGCACCAGAUCUGCGCCAGGGGCCGUGCGGUGCCGAGGCAUGAGGCAUAUGACCACGUCUCUAAGCAACUGCGGGCGCUCUUCGCUUUGGCAUUUUGGCGCAGCCUGCUCAGCAGCUCAGUGGCUGGAUGUUGGGCUGAGAUGGAGCCGGCCUUUGGCACAGGCCGUGUCAUGGGUGGCAACGUGAGCGACAGUGACGUUCAUCGAGUUCAAGGGAAGCUGGCCGUGAAAGCCUUGCACAGCGGCCUUCGGCAUAAGUCCCUGGAGCUUGACAUGGCCUUCAUGCAAGUUUGCUCGGAGAAGUUGAAGAUGCUCCGGGCAUGUUUGCCAUCGGGCCUUCAAGAGCUCAAGCUGGACCUGAGGGAAACGGAGCUCAACAACCAAGACAUCAUCACCUUCGCUGCCGGUCUUCCGAGAGAACUGGAGGACCUCUCCUUAAACCUGGCCGGCAACGAGGAUAUCAACGAUGAUGGUAUCGAGGUGUUUAUGAGCAAGCUUCCCAGCAAGAUGCGAAGCAUGGCUCUGGACCUGAAGAAGACCCAUGUCGGCAAAGAGUUGAUGCAAAGACAGGGGAACUACGAAAGCAUGAGAAAGCAUUUGGCAGAACAGGCUGCCAAAGCCAUUCGGUGCACAUUCGUCAACUUGUGUCCGUCAGCGACGAGGCACAUGGUUUACACCGUCACCAAGAAGAACCUUCCGCCAAUGACCUCGGAUUCAUAG